AUGACCAACCCACAAGACGAUGCAGACCGCAUCCGUCUGAAGCGUCUGGCGAAGCUUCAGUCGGCGAGCCCUUCGCCCGCGGCAUCCACAUCGACUACACCGCCGCCCACAACCCCCUCGUCUACGCCUGCAGCGGCGCCACCCAAGCCCAAGCCUGCGCCGAAGCGGCCCGCAGAGACUUUGCCUGCUCCGGUGCCAGUGGCACCCAAGAAGCGACCGCAAGCCGCGCCGGCGCAGCUCGAUCUGCCUAAGUGGGAGGAGGAGACUGUGGGCAGGGUGUUCAACGUGACGCUGAGUAAAGAUGUCGCGGAGAAGAGUGGAUGGGAGGUCGUGUGGCUGAAGCAUCUGGCAGCAGAGCUCGAGUCUGAAGGCAUGCAACAACCUAUUCGGCUGAGCGCAGACAUCGCAGACCGUCUGCUAAUAUCGCGUCUGGAAUUGAACCCGCAAUCCAUGUCGGACGACUUGGAGUAUUUGGCGGUUAUUGCUUCUCUUCCACCGCAGCAGACCGUCUUCGAGUACCUCGUAGGCUGCUGGAAGCGCUUGAACGUCAACCGCUCCAUUAUAACAAAGAAGAACUACCCUCCUGUGCAAGCGCAACAGGCCACCGAUAUCCUCGAGAAGCUGCGUGACCUGAUCAUCAGCUAUGCUGGCUUGACUUUGCAAGAGCCGGAAAUGUUCCCUCAACCAAUUGGCAAACCACUCGGCCCAACAGAGCUCCUCACCCCACUCCUCUCCCUUUCCGCGCUCACCGGCCCUCUCCUCUCCUCCUCCGCAACCUCUGCCAACACCCUUGGCCCUGCGGAGGUCGAGCCCUUCUUGCAAGACCUCGUCAAGCGCUUCGAGCCCGACAACGAGAUCGAUGGCGUGCUCGGUCCGGUCGUGAACCAGCUCUGCUUCCACGAGUCACUCUUCCGGCCAGAGGGCCUCGCUGGCGGCGACGGCAGCUGGCGCGCGGUGAUUAGUGGGCUGGAGGCUCUGGUGAACAUCAAGAGCAUCGCUGUCAUGAUCACGCGGUUGCAGUUUUGGAACCCGGAGGCGACCCCAGUAACGUUUGAGCGGGUUAGUUUGUUGGGUCCGCUCCUGCGGCUGGGUGUGUUCGACCGAGAAUGGCCGGCCAUCGCAAACACGUACUACUCGAAGCCCAAGGAUCGGUCACAGGCUGACAUCGGGUCAUCCACGGCUAGUUUGAGGGGAACCUUGAAAAGCCUGCAGUCGUCUCUGUUCAACAUACUUAACGCGCUCGUCCGCGCAUCUCCCGAUUCACGAGAAGCCGUGCUGCAAUACUUUGCACGGGUUGUGUCCCUGAACGUACGGCGAGCCGGAAUGCAGGUCGACCCAGACACUGUUGCGUCCGACUGCUUCAUGGUAAACCUACAGGCCAUCCUACUCCGCUUCUGCGAGCCAUUCAUGGAUGCCAAUUAUACCAAGAUCGACCGUAUCGAUCCAGCAUACUACGCACACUCGUCCCGCAUCGAUCUGAAGGAAGAGACCCGUAUUAAUGCUACUAGUGAGGUAGCGGAGCAAUGGCGGCAGAAGAAUGAGUCCGCGGCGGCGGCCCCGCCAAACUUCAUCUCGGAUAUCUUCUACCUCACUCUCGCCACCAAUCACUACGGCUACCAGAAGACAAUCUCCACAUUUGAGGAUCUAGCGAGGCAGUAUGAUGAGAUGAACCGGCAUCUGGAGGUGUUGGAAGGCGACGGUAGCUGGCGGGGAAGUCCCCUGCAAGCACGCGUCGAGCAUAGCAUCAACGCUGUCAAGACUGAGAUGGACAAAGCCAUGGCUACGCAACUCGCGUAUACAGUACAACUUGCGGAUCCGGAGCUAGUCUUCCGUUCGGUCGGCUUCACUAACUUUGUCUCGACGUGGCUCAUCCGCCAUGUUGACCCAAAACACACCCAUCCGAAUCCUUCUCUCGAGCUGCCUCUGCCACGGGAGGUGCCAGAGUCUUUCAACGUACUCCCUGAGUACAUCAUUGAGGACAUCGUGGACUACCACCUCUUCGUCGUCCGACAGUCUCCUGAUAGUUUGGAGCUAUCCGGCAAGAAUGAGCUCCUGGUGUGGGCGUUGACGUUCCUGACGUCGACGUGGUACAUAAAGAACCCCUUCUUGAAGUCCAAGCUAGUAGAGGCUCUCUUCUACGCCACGCUAAAUUGGGGCAACCACCGAAGUGUCCUUGCCAUGACGCUGAACACCCAUCCCAUGGCGCUCAAGUAUCUUGUACCCGCGCUCAUGCAUUUCUACAUUGAGGUGGAACAGACCGGCGCGAGUUCGCAGUUCUAUGACAAAUUCAACUCAAGGCGGAAUAUUGCCUAUCUCUUCAAGGCCAUCUGGGAUAAUUCGACGCAUCGCGAGGCCCUGAAGAAGGAGACGCGCACUAACAUGGACAAAUUCGUGCGCUUCGUCAACCUCAUGAUCAACGAUGUGACGUACCUCAUGGACGAGUCGCUGAGCGACUUGGCCAAGAUCCACGAGAUUCAGACCGAGAUGGAGGACACUGAGACGUUCAACUCGAAGCCAGCGCAAUACCGUCGCGAGCGGGAGAGUGCUCUCCGCACGCUAGAACGACACACAUCUGGCUACGUGCAACUGGGCAGGUCGACGGUUGAGAUGCUGAAGGCCUUCACGGGCGAGACCAAGGAGCCGUUCAUGGUUCCCGAGAUCGUUGACCGUCUCGCAGCCAUGCUUGACUAUAACCUAGACGCCCUCGCGGGUCCCAGGUGCCAGAAUCUGGUCGUCAAGAACCCGGAGAAGUACAAGUUUAACCCGAAACAGCUAUUGAGCGAUAUCAUCGACGUAUACCUGAACCUCAGUGACCAAGGGGAGUUCGUGAGGGCUGUGGCAGCGGACGGACGUAGCUACCGGAAGGAGCUCUUUGAGCGAACGGCAGGUAUCGCCAAGAGACGCGUCUUGAAGAGCGACACGGAGAUUGAGAAGCUGCUCCUGUUCGUCGUCAAAGUCGAGGAGAAGAAGGCCACUCUGGAGGCUGAAGAGGACCUGGGAGAAGUCCCAGACGAGUUCUUGGACCCGUUGAUGUACACCGUCAUGCGCGAUCCCGUUACAUUGCCGUCGUCACAGGUGGUGCUCGAUCGUUCAACUAUCAAAUCACACCUGUUGUCCGACGCGAAGGAUCCAUUUAACCGGGUGCCUCUUGCCUUGGAGGAUGUAGUAUCUAAUCCAGAACUCAAGCAGCGCAUAGACGCGUUCCUGGCUGAGAGGCGAAACAAGAACACCGCACUCGACAAGCCGGCAGAUGAAAUUGUCAAAAUGGACGAAUCUGCUUGA